UCCCGCCGACGAGACCGGUAUCGCGGGCCCCCGUCCGUGUAAAGUUCGCCACCGCCGUCCGCGUAUUGCGCAACGUCCGUAUUAAUCGUGGGCUACCGCGCAGUUUUUUUUUGUUUUUUUUUUUUUUUUUUUUUCUAAAUAAUAUAUUAUUUUCUAAAUUUGGUGUUUUAUUAAAAUGAAAAAUCUGGUUCGUUUUAUGAUGAAUAUCUUGAUAGUUGAGUAAGAUAUAUAAUCUUGCUAUCCAUUUGAAUUAAAUGAUUGUGUGCGGCACUUCCAACAAUCUAUGUUAAUUAUAGUUGUACCAAUAGCAGAAAAUAUAAGCAAUAAUAUGAAAACUACAAAUACCAAAAGAAAAAGAAUCCAACCAAAUCACAAAAUUAUAUAUUCUCCUAAAUUACAAAAAAAAAAUUUAACCCAAAAAGACUUUGCAAAAAUCAAAGUAGAAAAAAAACAAACAAAAAAUAUUAAAACUAAAGUAAAUAGACAACAAACAAUGAAAAUUAAUACUGAUGCGGUGACACAACAAAUAUUUAAUACAAAAAAAAAAAUAGGAAAAAACCAUACUAUAAACACCAAAAACUCAGAUAAGUCAAAUUGUUGUGAAUCAUUAAUAAAUUUAACUGUACCAUUUACUAAUGAACAGCCUGUUAGGGUCAUAAGUGAUAAAAAACGAAAAAAUUUGAGCGAAUUUUUUGUUGAAAGGAAGAAGAAUAGAAGAAAUAUAAAACCAAAUAAUCAACUUCUCCUAAAAGUAUAUACUGAAUGUUUAAAUAUGACUUUAAAUGAUAUGUAUUAUAAUAUUAAUUUUAUAGUACUUCAUAAUUCCAAGAUUAUUCCGGUCUUAGAUCUGUUUAGAUCAAGUUCAGAAGUUAAAAUUAUUGAUCAAACUUAUACUUGUUAUUUUAAUCAUACUUUUCCUACUAGUCUAGAUAACAAUAUUUUACAUGAUUGUACUAUUAAAGAAAGUUAUGUUCAUAACUUAGAAGAAACUAUUUUUAAGAAUAAAAAUAAAAACAAUAAGAACUAUGAGUUGAAUAUUUUUAAGCCUUUAUUACUUCAGUGUUGGAGCUCUUAUGAUAUUAAUACACAACCAUUAUUUUCCAAAGUUAAUAAGUCAAAAGAAGAAAAAACAUAUUAUUCUGAAAUGCUUGAAACAGAAAAAAUAUCAUCAACACAUGAAACAUAUUCUAAAAAGAAUAUUACGAAAGAAGCAUCAUUACUUAGAGAAUUGUUUUCUGAAAUAUCAGAAACAAAAAAAAAAAAAAAAUUUCAUGAAUCAAAUUUAUGUGUGCCAGAAAAAGGGCCUUUCUCACGAAAAAUAUAUUCCAAGAUAAUGGAAUAUGAAGAAGCUAGGGUUUUACAUGAUUCAUUUUCCAAAAUAACACCAAAAAUAUAUUUUUUAAUGACAGAAAUAGAAAAAAUACAAUCAUCUCAAAAAUGGAAUUCUAAAAUGACUGAUAUGAUAAAAACAUCAAAAAUAUAUUCUAAAAUGUUUAAAAUGAGAGAAUUACUAUCUUCUCAUGAAAUAUAUUUUAAAAUUACUUAUAUGGCAGAAGCUCCAAGACUGCCAAAAACUUAUUCCGAGAUAACAGCCAAAUUUAGAUUAUCUCUAUCAAUAAUUCGUUUCAAAAAUACUAAAAAAAAAGUCGAAAAAAAACUUGAAUUGUCUCCAAAUGAAUUACAUUCUGAAAUAGCUAAAACAGAACAAGAACCACCUGCCAAUAAAUUAUAUUGUAAAGCAGGAAAAUCACUAAUUACAUAUUCAAAUUUGACUAAAUGUAUAUACACACUGUGGUGUUCGCCAGAAACCUUUUUCAAUUACACUAUAAUAGAUAAAAAAUAUUGUUUAAAAAUAUAUCCCAAAAUUAUUUUAGUUAAUUUAUCAGAUUUAGGAAAAUUGUACUCCAGAAUUAAUUUAAAGAAGAAAUUGAAUUUGCCAAAACCAUAUUUUGGGAUGGUUGUGCAUAAUAAACUUUUUCUCCAAAAAAAAUUUUCCAAGAAAAAUAUAAGAAAUCAACAAAAUCUAUCAAACAUAAAUUCCGAGGUGUAUCCUUCUCUACCAGUUACAUAUCUAGAGGAGAAUUUAAUAGAAAAAUUAAGUCUACCAAGUUCAUAUUUUAAGGAUAUUGUAAAAGAAAGAUUAUUUUUACUAGAUACAUGCUUAGAAAAUCCUGUAAAAAAGGAAUUAUCAAAACUAAAAAAAUAUUCUGUAAUACCUAUAAAGAAUGGACUAACUCUUCUGAAAGCUAAUCCUGAUGUGUCUGUAAAAAAUAUAGUAUCUCUACCGAACACACUUUCUAAAGUACCUUUAGAGAAAAAAUGUAUAAAGAAUGUAUCAAAUACCAACUCUAAAAUGGUUGUAAUAAAAAAAAAGAAAUCCCUAAAAUUAAAUCCCCAACAGAUUACAAUAAAUGAACCAGUUAUAUCCAUAUUAGAUGAAGCUAAUGAAACAACUACAACUGAAAUAAUACCUCAGAAAAAAGAAUUUAUUAUUGGUCUAGGAUUAUUGUCAAGUGUACCAAGUGAAAAAAAAAAUGUGCAAUCUAAACUACCCCCAAAAAAUGAAACCCAUACAAAGGUUAAUAAUAUAGCUAAUGAAGAAAAUGCUGAACAAUCAAAUCAUGAUAAACCUAAUUCAGAAAAAGUGAAGUGUUCGUAUUUAUCGAAAAAUUCAAACGGUAAAAAAGAUGGUCAAAAGCAUACCACCAAUUCUAUUUUGGUCUCAGCUAAAAAACCAUUAGAAUCAUUAAUUCGUAAAGAUCAUUCUUGUACGCCUGAAUGCAGCUCUUGUAACAGAAAAUUUGAUUUGCUAGAAUCUCCUUUUCAUAUAGCACAAAUAAAGAAUCCAGAUAAGCAAAAAGCGUGUUUGGAAAAUGCUACUCACUUAAUUGGAUCCGAUUCGUGUUUGUGUGUUGGUUGUUACCAGGUCAUAGAAAAACGAACUUCUAGAAAAAAUCUUAAAAAACGUUCCUGUAUUGUAAUGACUUGUGAACAAACUGUAUCUCGUGAUUUUAAUUCGAAAUGGAUGAAUAUAAUAAAAUCUAUACUGUUGAUAAAUAAGUUCAAUUUUAGAGUCCAAACUAAUGAGGAAGAAGCAAUGCAUAAAAUUCCUGUUUGCAAUGCACAUUAUGAACAGAUACUAUUAUUAACUCAAUGUCAGUUGUGUGGAAAUCGAACGAUACAAAAGUUUCAGAUGAAUAAAUCCUUAGUAGAUGAAUAUCAAUCGAUCCUCGAUGAGGAUAAAAUUCCUACAAAAAUAAAAUAUGACAUUCUUAUUUGUAAACCAUGUCACAUUUAUUUAUUAUUACGAAGAGAUAAAACUACAAACAUUUCAUUGGAAUUAGAAAAGCACUGUGACACUACUAAAAUAAGGAUCAUCGAUCAUUAUAGAUUAAAAAUGAAAGAAUUAAAACGUAUGAAAUUAGCAAAAUGUGAAAUAAAUAUCAAAAAAACGGAGGAAGACGAUCAAUUAACAGUUAAAUCUCUACCAACGAAAAAAAGUAAUAUUUUUACUGUAGAUUCUUCUGUGAUAUUAACACCUGUCAAUGACGCUAAUAAGCCACUAAUGACAUCAAGAACAAUGAUUAAGGUACCAGUAGUAAAAAAAACUACAUCUACAAUGUUAAAAGAAUCAACAGAAAAAUUAUCAGCUUUAGCAUUCCAACAAAAAAUACAACUAAAAUUGUCAUCGUUGAUAAAAUCAACAACGGUGGCGACAUCAAAACAACCAUCAACAGCCGUUAUAAAAACGAAAAUAGGAACAGUGCCACUGAUAAUGACAAGAACGAUGGUUAAGGUACCAAUAGAAGAAAGAUCUAUGUCCAUGGCAUUGACUAGCGUAGCAGAAAAUCCAUUAGCGUUAAGACUCGAUCAAAUUACACAACCAAAAUGUACUGAUAAAGAUCCACCUGUACCAAGAACUAAAAAAUGUGUUGCAAACCAACUGACUAUAACUACUGAAUGUGGAAAACGCUCUAUGCCAAUAGUUCAUAAACUAACUAUACCGGAUUAUAGAACUACAAUUCCAGUUGAAAAUCCAACGACUCAAGUUGAUAAAUCUACGAUUUCAGUUGAAAAACCUAUGGUACUCGUUGAUAAACCUGCGUCUCCUAUUAAUAAAUCUAUAACUUCAGUUGAUAAACUUACAAUCCAAGUUGAUAAUUUAAUAACUCCGGUUGAAAGACCUACGAUUCCAGUUGAUAAACCUACAGUUCCAAAUGAUACACCUACAACUCAAGUUGAUGAUUCAAUGACUCCAAUUGAAAAACUUACGAUUCUAACUAAUAAACUUACGAUUCCAAUUGAUAGAUCCAUGACUCGAGAUAAUAAAUCUAUAACUUCAUUUGAUGAACCUAAAAUUCUAAAUGAUAAACCUACGAUUCUUAUUGAUAAACCUAUGAUUGCUGAUCACAAACCAAAACCAGUUUUCACGCCGGCUGUAAAAUCAUUCUUUACUUCAAAUUUGAUUGUACCGAAAAAACACAUAAAAACCCCAAAUUCAGUUAAACCGAUAAAAAUACCAACUGUAGUACAAACCGAUCAAUCGCUUAAGAAUACAUUAAAUUUAGGAUCUACGUCACCACAAACUGAAUUUUCCAAGUUAAGUCACCAACAAGUUAAACCAUCACCAUCGUCGUCCACCACACCUGAGAUAAUACAACUAUUUAAAAAUCUCAAUAUCGCUUAUCCUAACGGGAUGGAAUUGAUCAACCAUUUGCUGAAAUUGGAAACUUGUCGUAAUCUAGGAUAUUUUACAGUAAAAAACAAUAAAACCAUUCACCAUCAACAAAUAUCUUGUACUGCAACAAUUCCUUCUCAUUCAAUAAACCAAAUUUCAGAACCUAAAGAAAAUCAAACGCUAUCACGUAUCGACGAUUACAACAACGACCUUACAAAUAAUAGCUAUUUGAAUAACAAAUGUGCAUUAAGUGAAGACGAUAAAAAUUCAGAUUUACUCUUUAUCCCUGUCAAAACAACUUCUAAAUCCUACAGUAAACCUAAGCAUGAGUUCAUUUCACCCCAAAACGUUGUUCAUAUGCCGUCUCAACAUCACGAUAGCGGUGAUAGUAAAAAACGAGACAUUGCUUUGUGCACAAAUACUAUUGAUAUGCCUGUCAUUACUGCCAAUAAAUGUCCAGAUAUUACUGUAACCACGACUACUACAACCACUGAAACUUUACCCAACAUCGUCUCUACUACGUUGCCCAUUUUUUCCACCAUCGUUGAAGCAAUCACUGCUAGUGAUGAAGCGCUAACAACUAUCGAAACGGCAUCUGUAGUCACCAACACCUCAACUUUAAUCACUCCCGUCGCUGAUUCUACCACAGCCAUCAUGGAUACCGAAAUCCCUGCCAUUAUUAUUCCUGAUGCAGUCGCCAUCACAUCAGACAUCACUUCUACCGUUAAUGACAAUACUACUAUCGCUGACGCCACCGCUGUAGAAGAAUCUACCAUCUUAACUAUGAUUACAACUCAGGCCUCUACCACAACGAAUACAACUGCCGCAAUUUCCUCAACCAAUGAUACUGAUUCAAUUGCAGCUAUCACAGCUACUGUCAUUGACGAUAUCACCUCGGAAAAAAUUAACUCUAAAUCGCCUUCAAUUGCCAAAGCAAUCACCACCGAAUUUCCCACUUCAACUAUUACUGCCGCUGACGCAUUCACCACAAUUAGCGUAACCGCUGACAUCUCAGAUAUUACUACCGCCACUUCGACCAUUCCUACAACUACUAACACUGAAUCCAUAAUCUGUAACGCCUCACAAUUUACGGCUAAUAAAAGUACUGUAGAAAAAUUAGUUCCCACAAAUUUAAUUAGAAAUAUUAUUAAUGAUAUCAGCAAUAUUUCCACACCAAUAUCGUCGGACAUCUUUAAGGCAUCCACCGCUAAACUGUUAUCGUCGUCGAGUGAAGUAAAGCAAAUAUCCGCUAUCUGUAAGCCAAAAAAUCCUUCUAAACUCAUUAAUAUUAAACGGUUGAACACAAUAACAUUAAAAUCAGCUAUAAACAGUGAAUCUGUUAUUUGGAAGAUAGACGAUUAAUAAUAUAACACGGAAUGCAAUAACAACAACUUAUCUCGUUUUAUUACAUCGUGGAGAAAGUUUCGCAACUUAUCAUUUUCGUUUAUUAUAAAUAAACUUAAAAAAUUUAUUGAAUUUGGGAUGAUUGAUGUACUGGAUAAAUCAUAAGCAUUCAACAACAGUCAUAUUGUAAUUCUUCUAUUACCCAAUAGUAUUUUGAUUCAGUGAAUGAAGUUGUACAAUCCACUACAAUAUACUUGAAAAAUAUAUUAUGAUUGUUAAAUUAUUGUUACAUUUAUGUAAUGUAAUGAAAAUUUUAUUUUCUUAAAGUAUUUAUAACCUUGGAUUACAUUUACGUUUAAUUAUUUUUUAAUUACUUUUAUAAUGCAUUAAUUUGUGGGUACAAUAAAAAUAUAUGAUAUCUAAAUAUUUCAUGUACAAUUAUAAUUUAUAAAUCUUUUUAGAAGAUUGAAAUAUUUAUAUAAAAGAAAAAGUUAAAUCAUAAACAUAAAAUGUGAUUAAUAUUGAAUGUUCAUUCUUGAUAUUAGUUAUUAAUUAUAUCCAAUUUAACUAAAAUUACCAUAAAACAUAUUAUGUUAAAUAGUAUUAAGAUAAUUAAAUUAUAACAAUUAUUUAAACCAGUCUUAUGACGAUACAAUAUA